UGAUCUCGGUCGUUGCUAAAAGCGGCCGCAAUUUGCUCCGAAUCGCAAUUAUGCGUUCGCGAACAACGCCGCCGAGUCUGUGGUGAUCAACCGUUAUCUAAACGGUUCACUCAUUUGCCGAUAAGCCGUAAUUGGGAAGUCGUAAUUUCGAGGGGACAAUUGCGCGAAUAUGGCGCUGGCAAAGAUCAGAAACUUCAUUGACAACAGCCUGAAGACCGUGUCCACGCCGUUGGAUCGUACGGUGAAUCUGGAGCCGGAAAUCGGCAUUAGGAUCAUGCACUCACCAAACGACAAGACACUUAACGUCACAGUUCUCGGUGCCAGACACUUGCCACAGAACUUCGGCUUCACCAGAGUCAAUAGCUACGUUGUAAAGGUGAAGCUAAUUCCUGGAAAGGACAAAUUUGAAACCACCUCGAGGAAUGAAUCCUGGCCACAAUGGAACGAAGAAUUCGUUUUUCCCUUACGCAAAGAAACCAAGCAAAAGUUUGGCAAAUCAAAAGUUGUGGAAGAGGAAAUUAAUGGAUCUAGAUUUAUCGUCGCGACUCUUUACGCAAUUCUUGAGGACAAACCUCUAAUAGCAACUGAAAAGAAAGAGUCGGAGAAAACGUCGCCUACUAAAGAAGCACCGAAGAAAGGUGGGAAGAAGAAGGAAGGUCAAAGUACUUCUUCCGACAAUCAAGAAUCUACCAAGAAUAAACUCCUCAGCCAAUUCUUUGGUAAAAAUUCCGACAAGCUCGCAGAAUCUACAGCUACGGAGAGAAGAGCUUACGACAAGAGACGAACUGUUGGCGCGACGACAAUUCCACUUGAUCCAAAGAACUUCGUUUGCAAACCACCGAAAUCGAAACAUGCCAGUGACGUAUCUACAGGAGAUCUGUGGAAACCAUUACGACCGAUCGCCAGUGGCAUCUCGGGUGCUGAGGAAAGAAAAGAGAACAAAAAGGGCCAAGUCGAAUUGUCUUUGUGUCUAUCGAAGGGCGAGAAAGAUGAAGACAGUGGCGGGCAAUUGAUAUUGUCUCUAAACCGUCUGAGAUGUUCGCUUCAGACGAUGCAUGAGCAUGAAGGUUUGAAAGGACAAAUGUAUCUGAAGAUGUCGGUUGUCGAAAGCGGUCGAAUAACACACUUCUGGAAAAGUGAUCGAUUUACACCAACGGUAUCCAUGAAGUUCUCACCUGAGAUGGCGAGAGUUGUCGCCGACAAUCCGUACAAAGGAGCGCUCAAUGACGUGAGCUUCGUUAUAAAGUUUGUUUCGAAAAAUAAAAUGGGUAAAAAAACUCCUGUGGGUCAUUUUGUGAUUGGACCUGAUGUUGGUGGAGCUUACGGUGAACAAUGGAAGCAAGCUUUGGUGAAACCGGGACAACAGAUAACGAAGUGGCAGGCAUUUGAAUAAAAAUAAGACACUCAAGGAGUUGAUAACUUAUUCAAUAUUACGAAAACCGCAGUCAUUGAACGUACGACGUACUUUCCUGUUACAAUUAGAUAUCUAGAGACAACGAAAAUGAGACCACUAUACGCGCGUACACCGUACAUAUUUAAAACAUCGAUCGAUAAGGCUGUUCCAAAGAAUAUCAUAGAAACGUAUACGACUGCACACGUCUACGUGAAUCUUUUUUACUGCGCACGCUGAUGUCUACGUUCUACUGCUGAUUUUAGAAGAAAAUUACGUUCAUAAAAGAAAAUUAUUUUUAAAUUAAUUUAGUUAUAAUAUAUUUUCGAUCGCAUAUAUUCUGUAUAUAUACUAAACCUUUGCCAAUUUUAACCGUCCUUGAUUUUACAAAGGAGAGAGCUCGAUCUUUCUAAUCCGAAUCCGAUUAAUGUAACCGUCCGUAAAGUAAAAACUAGGCAUAUAUGUAUAUUUAAAAUGGAUAAUUAUAACAAAUACAUAUCAUAUUUUAUUUCAUAAGAUC